UUCGUUCUUGUUGUCCUUUCGAGUUGUUCAAGGACAGUUCGUGAGGUCUUCAAGAAAGAACACUUGACAUCCAGCAAGCUGGAUUUUGAAGCAAGAGUCCCGAUCCCUUUCAGUGGUAUGGUCUUUCUCGUCGUCCUCGGCCGGAGUGAUACUGUCACCAAGUCUACGGAGAUCAAAGUAGAAGAGCAGGUCAACCUCCCAAGCUCGCACGGCGGACGGGAAGGUCACGAAACUCGCUACACCUCAUCCCAGGCACCUCCGUCCCGCCGCUUUGAAGAGGAGAUCAGAGUAACAGAAAACGACAGCUACCGUCGUCCAGGACACAGAGAAGAGGACAUCCACAUCUACGAAGAAGAGCGCACGUCUCGUCCCAACAGACAGACCAAGAUCAGUAUCGAACAGGACCGUCCCACUGACAACCCCAGCUACCGUGAACCUUACCAACGUUACGUCGACGCACAGAUUGACGUUCGGGACAAGGCCUACGACCACCAGUACCGUACCACCCACGGUCCUGCAACCCAUCUCGGAUCAGAGGUCGACGUUACUGAGCGUGACUAUCGUCGCCGCACCAGCCCCGUAGCUCAGGGUUCCCACGUCCAGGAUACAUCUGGUUCUUUCGUUCAGGACUACCCCAACACUACCUCCGCUCGAGACUACUACUACACAUCUCCUGCCCAAGAGGAAGUACGUGUCAAAGCUGAGACCCGUACUACCGUUGACCCUCCCAAGAAACGCAAGUUUGGCAUGGGAUAUUACGACAACGAAGGCCAAUAUCAUUCUUUCCGUGACGGACUCCACCGCGCUGCUGAUCACAUCCUUCACCCCAUCCACGGACCUCGUCACCACCAGCAUCACCAUCACUCCAAGCCUGUUGAAACCAUCGUUGAAGAACGUGAGACUGUAACCACCAUGUCCGCCCCUCGUCCUUCCAGCCCUAGCAGUGCUGUCUCGAUUCCCUGCCAUCACAUUCGCAUCGGUGACCUGUUGUACCUGCAAGGUCGCCCUUGCCAGGUUAUUCGUAUCACCACCUCUUCCCAGACUGGUCAGCACCGCUACCUUGGUGUCGACCUCUUCACCAAGCAGCUGCAAGAGGAGUCUUCCUUCAUCUCCAACCCUUCACCCUCGGUGGUAGUCCAGCAGAUGUACGGACCCGUGUUCAAGCAGUACCGCGUCCUUGAUAUCAGCGAUGACGGCCACGUUGUUGCCAUGACCGAGACUGGCGAUGUCAAGCAGGGUCUGCCUGUCAUUGACCAGAGCAGCCUGUUGCAGCGUCUAACCGAUGCUUUCGACCAGGGUCGUGGCAGCAUCAGAGUUCUGGUGCUUAGUGACGAAGGUCGCGAGCUUGCUGUCGACUACAGAGUCGUGAACGGUAGCAGACUGUAA